UCGUCUCAGUACUAUCAAUUUUCAGACCGUACUUUACUGUCUUUGGUUACAUGUUUUGAACAAGACUUGUGGGUUUUAUCUAUGUUUUUUAUGGGAAUUUAAAAAAGGGUCUGACAUUUUAAUCUGUCCCCAAAAUGUCCAAACUACAGCUGUUGAAUGUGUUUAUCGCCGAGCGUUUAACAACAGCAGCAGUGGAGAUAUUUGGUUCAGCAGAAAAGACAUUAGCAGAGUACCAGGAGCGACUAACAACAGCGGCAUUUGAUAUAUUUGUUGUGGUGGAAAAGACGAUCGCAGAGGUUCAGGGAGAGAACGACCGUCUACGAGGACUUCUUCUGGGUCAUUUAGGAGCAGAUCCCCAGCAGCUAAAUCUCCCCGAAGAGGAGGUUUCCCCUAAGCAGCAGCAGCAUUGUGAGCAGGAGUGGAGCCCCAGUCCGGGGCAGGAGGACCCAGAGCCCACACAGAUUACAGAGGAACAGAAGGAACUCAGGACCAGUCAGGAGGAAGAGCAGCUUCAAAGACUUAGGUCUGCUACCACAGAGGUUGUACAAUUGAUAUUUAUUCCUCCCUGUGUGGAAAGUGACUGUGACCAGGACAGCAAGACGGACUCUCUACCCUCCAACACAACUGAACAGACCCAAUCAGCAUUGGAUGACGAGGAUUACAGAGCAUCACAACUAUCCAGUUACUUUCAUCCCCUCUCUACAGUAAAUCCACACUGUUCUGCAGCUCUGAGUGAAAUCAUUGUAAGUAUUGAUGAAGACGAGGGUGAAGAACUACCGUCAAGGUCAAAGAGAACACGGGAAAAGAAAAAACAAAUCUCUCAAGUCUGCACUGAGGCCAAGACAACCAGUGAGCUGAAAGCACCUUUAAAGUCUCACACAAACAGGAGACCAUGCAAGUGUCAUGUGUGCAGUAAAUGCUUUAAGACACCAGGCCCUUUAAAGGUACAUUGGAGAAUUCACACAGGGGAGAAAUCACACAGCUGUCCUUUUUGUUGUCAACGAUUUAAGUCAUUAAACGUUCUACAACUACACCAGAAAGUUCACACAAGGGAGAAAGAUAGACCACAGCAAUGUCCUGUGCGCAAUGAAUCAUUUUUUUGGCAUAGCUUCUUUAAAAGAGCAUCAGCAAAUUCACACAUGUAUCCCAUAUCAGUGUACAGAAUCUGGCAAUUCCUUCCGAGUCAAGAAAGACUUCAACAAGCAUAUAAGGACUACUCACCCAGAGAGAGAACCAGUGACUCCAACAGAGAGAGAACUACAUCAGUGUUUUGUUUGUAGAAAAAGCUUCACAACAUUGAGUUAUCUUGUAAUCCACCAGCGAAUUCACACAGGGGAGAAACCGUAUCAGUGCCAUGUUUGCAGAAAAAGCUUCAUUAGGAAGGAAUACCUCAUUAAGCAUAUGGCAAAUCGCACUGGAGAAAAGCCAUAUCUGUGCAAUGUUUGCGGCAAAACCUUCUUAAGGAAGGCUUACCUGAGAGUACACAUGGUAACUCACACAGGGGAGAAAUCGUUUAAAUGCCCUGUAUGUAAAAAAGGCUUCAUAUCAUCGACUUGUCUCAAACUCCACCAGAGAAUCCAUACAGGGGAGAAACCCCAUAAGUGUAACCUUUGCAGCAAAAGCUUCAUUAGGAAGGCAUGCCUGAGAGUACAUGUGGUAACUCACACAGGGGAGAAACCUCAUCAUUGUAACGUUUGCAGCAAAAGCUUCACUCAGAAGAAAGGCCUGAGCGUGCAUAUGAGGACUCACACAGGGGAGAAACCUUUCAAGUGCCCUGUAUGUGAAAAAUGCUUCACCUAUUCAAAUAAGCUAAAAUGCCACCAGCAAAUCCACACAGGGGAGAAACCAUAUAAGUGCCACAUCUGCAGCAAAACCUUCACUCAGAGUGGAGGCCUGUCACGUCAUAGGAAGACUCACACAGGGGAGAAACCAUAUAAGUGUUCUGUAUGUGAAAAACAUUUCACAUCGCCAACUAAUCUUAAACUCCACCAGCGAAUCCAUACAAGAGUGAAAUCAUUUACGUGCCCUGCGUGUGAGGAAGGCUUUACAUCGUCAAGUCUUCUAAAACGUCACCAGCAGAAUCACUGUGGACAGAAGACAGAAAAAAAACUACCUGAGGAAACCUUUCUCUGCAGUGAUUGUGGCAAAAGCUUCUGUACCAUGAGUUACCUGAGAGUGCACAUGAGGACUCACACAGGGGAGAAAUCAUACGCGUGCUCUGUAUGUGAAGAAGGCUUACAUUAUCAGCAAAUCCACACAGGAGAGAAAUCACAAGUUUGUGGCAAAAGCUUCCUUGUGGAGGCGUGACAGGACAUAUGACGACUCACACAGGGGAUAAAGCAAAUAAGUGUACUACAUGUGAUAAUUGCUUUAUAACAGCAUCUGAUCUAAAAGUCCACCAGAAAAUUCACGAUGGAGGGGAACCAUAUCAGUGCAAGGAAUGUGACAAAUGCUUCACUCAAAGGUCAAUAUUAAAAAAACACAUAAGGUCUCACACAGAACUGCAUAUGUGCCACGUGUGCAGCAAAAACUUCACCCAAAAGGGAAACCUGACACAACAUAUGAGGACUCACACAGGGGAGAAAUCUUUUAAGUGCCCUGUAUGUGAAGGAGGCUUCGCGUCAGCCCCUUCUCUAAAACUCCAUCAGCAAAUUCACACUGGCGAGAAACCACAUCAGUGUGAAGUUUGUGGCAAACGCUUCAUUCAGAAGGGAAACCUGACAGGACAUAUGAAGACUCACACAGGGGAGAAACCCUUUAAGUGUGAAGUUUGUGGCAAAAGCUUCCUUCAGAGGGGAAACCUGACAAUACAUAUGAAGAUUCACACAGGGGAGAAAUCUUUUAAGUGUUCUGUAUGUGAAAAGCGCUUCGCAACACUUCGUGAUAUGACACGCCACAAGAGAAUUCACACGGGAGAGAAACCAUAUCGCUGCAACGAUUGUGACACAUGUUUUAAUCAGAGUAGUUCCCUUAAAUCACACAUGAAGAAUAUUCACAAGAGAGAGAGAGAACACAAGUGUCCAUUGUGUAAAACAUGUCCGUAUGAAAAUCUAAAGGUUCAUUCUAACUGACACCGGUAAGAGAACAUCAUAUCAUGGCUGAAAGGAAUGAUUGAAUGACUGAACUUGUAGAACAUCCCCAUCUUGUAGAACAUCUAACGUCUAUAACCCAUAUUGCUUCUUUUUUUUAGAGUGCAGUCUGAAUUUGUAGGCAGCAGGUGUCCUUACUGAUUCAUUGUCAAAUGAAACAUAGAAACCCAUAUUUAUUAUUUUGUAAACCCGUGUUUUUUUAAUUUGUAGAGAGCAGUCUGAAUUUGAAGGCAGCAGGAGUCCUUACUGAGUAAUGAUAAAAGACAGUUGUUCAAAUAUCCUGUUUCAUUCUAUCUUCACAUGAAGGAAGCUUCGGUUAUUGUUAAAGGACAAUGCUCAUUGAUCAUAAAAUGUUUGAUUCAAAAUUAAUGAAUGAUUAUCAUGUUGAAGCAAUUCUAUUUUAAUGAUGUUUAACGUGGCUAUCAGAGUAAGACAGUAGGCCCGGUAUUCAUAAACCUCUCAUCAUGAAUUUCCACCUGAGACUUACUCCACACCAGUGUGUAGCCAAUGUUAAUGUCUAUUGCUGUUUAGUUGUCUGAGGUUGCGGAUCCAAAAGUAGCCACACCGUUCUGCCCCCAUCCCGCACCACUGGAUCCCCUGGAAAGAUCCAUAUUGUGUUCUGUAUUUGUAUUUAUUAUGGAUCCCCAUUAGUUUCUGCCAAGGCAGCAGCCACUCUUCCUGGGGUUUUACAUUACAUUCUAAAAACAUUACAUUCACAACAUAUUCUGUGUUUCUUUAUCGCUACUUUAUGCACACAUUUCUGUGGUCUCUCUCCUUUCACAUUCACACUGUCAAUUGUCAAUAAUAUUUCUUUUACAGGUGAAACGUCCAUGUAGCAUCUGCAUGCCAACCAUUUCAUGUGAAUCACUUUCAUAGGAAUAUGCAUUUAGAUUUAGAGUUAUGUUCAGUGUUGUUUUAGAAUGCUGUUCGGUGUUGUUUAGAAUGCUGUUCGGUGUUGUUUUAGAAUGAUGUUCGGUGAGUGUAUUCUAGAGCAGAUGCUGGUAACAAACUGUAGCAUACCACACAGUAUGUGGGGGGAGUUGUGAUGGAAGAUGGGGUGGGUGCUUUUGUGAUUAGAAAAGUGUGUUGAGUGAAAAAUGAAAAUGGUUUCAAAUGCCAGAGCCCAUGUGUGUCUGAGACCAGGAGUUGGGACAGAGAGAGUUUGCAAUUUUUUGCAGAUAUGGGAAAUACAUUUUAAAAUAAAUUACAAAUAUUUUGUAAUCUACACCUCCAUUAGGAUUACAGAUGUAAUCUAUACCUCCGUUAGGAUGAUGGAUGAUAGAUAUAAUCUACAGGAUGGCAGAUGUAAUCUCCAGGAUGACAGAUGUAAUCUACUCCUCCGUUAGGAUGAUAGAUGUAAUCUACUCCUCCGUUAGGAUGAUAGAUGUAAUCUACUCCUCCGUUAGGAUGAUAGAUAUAAUCUACAGGAUGACAGAUGUAAUCUACUCCUCCGUUAUGAUGACAGAUGUCAUCUCCAGGAUGACAGAUGUAAUCUACUCCUCCGUUAGGAUGACAGAUGUAAUCUACUCCUCCGUUAGGAUGACAGAUGUA